GAAGUUGACUGCCGAACUGAGUUCCGGUGGUUAAGCUCGGCUCGGCUCGGCUCGGCUCGGCUCAGUAAGUUUGUAUUUCGUGCUGUAUUCCGCCGCUUGGAGUGCUGUUAGAUAUCGUAGCCUUGAGUUGUGGCACUUUGGUUUACUCUACCCGACUCCAGUGGCAUGUCUUCGGCUGCGGACCACCUUCUUGUAGCCUCGGAGCUACUCGGUUAGCUCCGUGUGGCCGCCGAUGAGAGCAGCCGCUCGGGCUACAGCCACGGAAUGCCCCGGAGAAAGAAGAACGGCCAGAGCCCGGCCAGGGUGCCCGGCGGCGGGCCACCAGAGGGGGGAAGCCUCGGUCACAGCGCGGGUUACCGACUACUACCUCAGGGAUUUGACGGCGCAAUGGCGAGCAGCUCCGUCAAAGAGGAAAUCGUGACAAGCAUGCAGGAGAUGUUCUCACACCUGGACCCUGAAGUUAUUUACAUCGUGCUGUCCGAGUGUGACUUUAAAGUUGAAAAUGCGAUGGACUCUCUCUUGGAGCUGUCCAGAGCUGCUGAAGUUGAAGCCCCCACACUUCCUCCUCCUCCUGUCUCUGGCUUUGAGCGCACAGCCGCUGCCCUGCUCAGCCCACGCCACUUUUCUGAACCUAGACCCGACACAGACUCCUCCAGAACACAGCAGCAGGAGCUGCUGCCCUCCUCUCCUCCCUCUGCCAACCUCCUGACAGAAGAGCUCGACCUGCUAGUCGAUCAGGAGCUACAGACACUAACUACGCAGCGAGAUGUUAAGGAGGCACGCCACACCAGCCAGUAUUUAUCCUCUUUUCCUCCUCCACCACCGUUCCCACAGCAGGUCCUCCCUGAGCUGCUUCAGACCAGCAUGCAGCCUGGAUCUAGAGGGCCCUCUGGUGCCCUGGAGGAGCAUAUUUCUGGGACUUCCUCUCCUCUUGACGAGCUCAGCACUUGGGAAGACGACACCGCUGGGCAGGAGCAGCAGCAGCAGCAGCAGCAGCAGUCGAUGGUGGAUCUUAAACAUCUGAUGGCAGAAACGCCUGCAGACAAGCCGAAACCUCCUUUGGACCUGGCAGCUUCAGGGCGUCCCUCGGCUUUUCAGGUGUAUAAAAAGCAAGAGCCGUCACACACUCUUUCAGACACGCUGCCUUCUAAAGGGAUAGUCGGAGGAGCGAGAUCUAAGAUGGUGAAUCAGGAGCAGCUUGGCUACACGCCACCACCCUGGAACCUGCAGGCACCGGUCUUUUCCCCCCGUAUCCAUGGAAACCAGGGGCCAACAUUCAUAACCCCCGUGGCUCCAAACUGGUCCAGCCAACCCUGGCUGAGUCAGGGCCCUGUAGGCCAGGCCCCUCUCAAACCUUCUGCUAUUAUUCCCAAGUCCUGGGCCAUGCCUGCUCCUCGGCCUCCUGCCCAGUCCAGCAGGCUUCGUCUGGAAGGGAAGGUCCUCGUGCUGCUGCGUGGUGCUCCUGGAUCUGGCAAGUCAACCUUGGCAAGAGCCUUUGUCGAGCAUAAUCCAGGUGGAGUUAAACUGAGCACCGAUGACUAUUUCACUCGUCAUGGGGAAUAUUGGUUUGACCCCUCAGCUCUGGGGGAGGCCCACGAGUGGAACCAUCAACGAGCCAAAGAGGCUUUUGAAAGAGGCGCUAACCCAAUCAUCAUCGACAACACCAACUUGCAGGGCUGGGAGAUGAGACCCUAUGUGGUUCAGGCGCUGAAACAUGGAUACAAGAUUCUGUUCCGAGAGCCGGACACUUGGUGGAAGAACAAACCCAGAGAACUGGAGAGACGCACCAAACAUAAAGUGCCGGUGGACAAAAUCCGACGCAUGCUCGACGGAUACGAGCGCUACGUCACUAUCCAGUCCAUCAUGGGUUCACAGCGCCCUCCUCUGGAGAACAGAGGCUCACAGCUGGUGUCUUCUGGAGCUCCUUGUCCUGACCUUGUCGGUCCGCCUGGAUUGACAGAUGGAUGUAAGAAGUCUCAGCUGUUUUCCUCCCUCCCUGAUGUGUCAUCUAUUGGUCGUUCUAGUGAGGUGGGACAGUCGGAGGACGGCGCCCACAAAUCUACAGAGUCUCUCAAUUUCCAACCGACUCAAAGACUCACGGAAAACCCUGAAGUGUCCAACAGGGACGAUGACAUUGAUUUGGGGGAUCUGGAUUCAGAGUUGGACGCUCAGUUAGAGCUGAAUCAUCCAAUAGGAGAUCAGAGAAUACCCGACUGUAUCGUAGAAUCAGUGAUGAAUGAAGAUCACCGCGGGGAGGAAGUGCCCGUGGCUUUCUCCGAGUCUAUCGGACAGAGAGUGAGGAGAGAGAGGCCGAGCAGGAGGUCUGCUUUUGACAGGCUGCAGCCUGCAGAUCUGGUGAAAGAUACUAACCCAUCAGAGAGUGAGGCGAAGGAGAAAGAAAAGACAAAGGAAGAGGAUGAGGGUGGAGAGAAGGGGAUGUUGGAUUUUGUAGGAGAUUGGCCGUCUGAAGGGUCCCUCGGGCAGCGUCAGGUGAGGAGAAGAGAGCGCCACAAAGAAGGAAACAGCAAGGAAGCUGAAGGCGUGUCUCAAGAAGACAAACACACAAAAGAGUUUCAGAAGCUUCUCGAUCUGAUUCAGACAGGCGUGCCUCCCGAUUGUACCGGCUCUUCCUGCUCGUCCUCCUUUUCCCUAAUCUCUGAAGAGGAAGUGGAGAAAGAAGAGGAGGCGGGUGGCAGGUUUGAGGAAUCUAGUGAGAAGAGGGAAGAAAGCAUGAGCAGGGUUAACAGCGCCAGAGGUGAAUUACCUGACUGUGUGUUAGACUGGAAGGCAGCUGAAUCUUGCAAGAUCAGGGAAUUGAGAAUUGAUGACUGGGAGGGACUUAAAACUGAAAAUAAAGCGAGUGCUACCACAGGAGAUGAUACGCUGGAGACCGUGGAGCUGAAAUCAACCGACCCAACAGAUCCCCACACAACUGUAGAGGCAAACGUAUGCCAUGAUGGAGCGGGAAGCCUUGACGUUGAAGUUGAGGUUGGUACAGAGCCUUGUUCUGGUCCUGCUGACGUGGACGUGAAUGACUGCACGGAGAAUGAGUCGAAAGCUGAGGCUGAGAUCAGUGAAGCGUGUCAGAGUCCUGUGUGCGAGGGCUCUGUGGAGGCAGAGAGCGGUGCUUUCAGUGGAGGCAGUCAGGAGAGGAAGCAGCGUCAGGGUCGCAGAUCGGGGAAACAGUGCAAACUUGCCCUCACGUUUACGCAAAACCGCCCCGCUUCUCCACCAAAUACUUUCGAAAGUCCCAACACCGCUGCCGAACCCCUCAACAGCACUCAGAAUACCAUUAGCGCAGACGUUGAACCUAACUUAAAUACUAAAACCAGCCUUAGCCUUGAACCAAAUCUUGACCUGUUAACAGAGACACACCUGCAGCCUCCUUCCCCCUGUCCUCUGGCAGAUGAAGGCUUCUCCACCCAGACAGAACCUCAAGACUUCGCCCUUCUUUGGCGUCUGAAUCGUCAAGACGGCGCCGAUAACGCAGCUGUCACAGGUGACGUUAAAGUCCUGUCCGGCGACUCCUCUCGCUUCGUACCGGAGCUGUCCUCUGUCGUGUCUGCAGCUGUUGCGGUUAAUGCGUCUGGACACAGAGAGGUGCCCUACCGGGUGGUGCACGAGAAGGGCACACAGGUGGAGGAGAAAGAGUUCGGGGUAACUCAAGACCGACUCGAGAGCCUGCGCAUCCUCAGCCGCCAUUUUAAACUGGUUAGUUUCGAUACGUUGGAAGAUCUGUAUGACAAAUGCUAUCAGGACCUAGAAUGGACCACCAACCUCUUGCUGGACUCUGGAGAGAGGUUCUUCAGAGACGAGGAUGGUGUUGAAGAGGAUCUUGCCAUCACACCCGUUUUGUGUGGAGCUUUAGGCAAAGCUGAAGACACAACGGCAAGUCCUGAUGUGUCAGACGGGCAUCACUCUGAAGAUCGGCCAACAGGGAUCGAGGAGGGGACUCAGCAGUCAACCUCUGGGACCGUGAACGGGUCAGAUCAGAACUCAAAUAAGGCUGAUGCGAGAAGUUUCGGAGAUGCGGCUCAUUCUGACACAGCCGCACAAACAGACCUCAGUCUUCCUCAAGCAGACCGAGGUGGUGACGCCGAACACAAAGUGGCAUCCGAAGCUGACCUAAUAGGCGGCGCUUGGGGUGGCAGCUCUGACGACGGAGUGAUAAUCGAAGAGUCGAGAGUCGAGAGCGAGGAGGAGAUGGCUAGCAUGGACACGGCCAACCAGCUGCUGCUGGCUGAGCUGGACAAGAUGGAGAGGGAGGAGAGAGCUGAAAGGAGACUCGUGGAGGAGAGAAGGAGCCGACACCUGGACAUCCAGAGUGUGGAGCUGAAACUACCCACUGAGGUGGCACUACAGCUGACUGAGCUGUUUGGACCUGUCGGAGUAGACCCAGGUUCAUGCUCCACUGAUGACUACGCAGUGCAGAUGGACCUGAACCUGGCUAAACUGCUCCAUCAGAAAUGGAAGGAAACCAUCCAGGAAAGGCAGAGACAAGCAACUCUUUCUUUUCAUUUGCUUCAGGAAAGCUCAGUACACUGGGGUGACUCACAGUCUAACAAAUCUGGUCCACGGACACAGCCGGCACAUUUCCUGAUCAGCGCUGACGGUUACUCGUCAAUGGACAGCCAAUCAGAGGCCAGCAGUCAGCUGCCAUUCAUGGACCACUGGAACGUGUCCCGGCCUCACAUCUCUCUCAGAGACAUCAUAAAGGAGGAGCAGGCUUUGCAGGAGAACGUGGAGAAGACCAGACAAAAUCGUGCAGAGCUGGACCGACGUGACGGAGCCACCCUGUUGAAAGAGAACCAACUGUACGCCCUCUUCCCCAACAUUGACAGACAUUUCCUCCAGGACAUCUUCAGAGACAACAAUUACAGCCUGACACAGACAGAGUUGUUUCUUCGCUCUAUACUGGACGAGGAGCCCGUCAAGACGGUGGUCGCUCCGGAGGCGCCUCGGCUCGACCACCAGAGAGCAGCCAGCAAGGAGAGAGAAAAGAGGCAGAAGCCCCCUGAGGCGAUCGUACCCAACUAUCAGGACACGGAGGACCCAGAGUACGAGGACUUCAGGGCCGAGGCCAGCCUGCACAGGAGCCGACAGCUCGAGAGCUUCUCCAAGGCUGCCGAGGCCUACAAGCAAGGACGCAAAGAUGUGGCUUCGUUUUAUGCACAACAGGGACAACUGCACGGAAAGCGGAUGCAUGAGGCCAAUCGGCGCGCAGCGGUUCAGAUUUUUGAGAGGCGCAACUCAUCGCUGCUGCCCAGUAACAUCCUGGAUCUUCACGGGCUGCAUGUUGAUGAAGCGCUGGAGCAUCUUGCGCAGGUCUUAGAGGACAAAACCACAGACUGUGAGCAGGGUCUAUGUCGACCUCAACUCUCUGUCAUCACAGGAAGAGGGAACCACAGCCUGGGGGGCGUGGCCCGCAUCCGCCCCGCCGUUAUAGACUACCUCACCAGCAAACACUACAGGUUCACUGAGCCAAAGCCAGGUCUCGUGUUAGUCUCUUUGAAGUGACAUGAACUUUGGUUUAUUGGAUUCAAGCUGCUCCGGAGGACAACACACACAACACUCUCUUUUUAGACUCCUGCAACGCCACACACACACACACACACACACACACACACACCGUUAAUACAGUGUGAAUUCAGUAUGAUGCACUCCUCUUUUCUUACAUCUGUCAGUUAUUUUUGGUAC